AGGCGCGGCGCGUGUCAUCAUGGACGGGGCGGAGCCGGGGUCGGGCGAGCGCCUGGUGCAAUCCGCGCCGGCUGCCGCAUCAGCCUGGCCCGGGGAAGCGAGGCGGAGCCGAGGCGAGGCGAGGGAGGGGCCGCCGCUGCCGCCGCUCGGGUUACAUCAUCCCCCGACGGCGCGGGCAGGAGGUGCCUCGGCGGAGCGCAGAGACAAAGGCUGCAGCCGCUGCGGUGCGCGCGUCUCUCCGCCGCCUCAGCGGGAUGGCUUCGGGCUGCGCCUGAGACGCCCCCCGCGGGUGGCACCCCCCGGGCGGAGCUCUCCCCGCCCCCCUCCCCCCCCAGCUUGGCCCCGCGAUCCAGGAUCUACUUUAUCCUGCAGGAUCCGUCCCUCCGGGCAACAGCCAAGGAAGCCCCGAGUUGGGAGUAGAGAAGGGGAAAGGAGAAGACGGGCUCUCUGCACUGCCGAAACGGACGCCUCGCUGGCCGGGUGGCUUCAGCGGACGACGUCGCCAGAGGUACGGCUGGAGAUGAGUCUGCUCACGCAGGAGUGUCCCAUGGUGGCAAUUCCACGGAAGAAAAGCUUGGACUUGGAUGAUGCCUCGGAAACGAAUUCUCCGCAGCCCAAGCGCCUGCGUCUCAGCGGCCCGCUGCCCGGCCCCACCCCCUGCCUCCAACCUCUUCCUCACUUCCCACCUCCCACAGAACAGGAUUCAGGGGUCUCUCAGAUUGGGUCUUACAUCCUUCUGGAGGCCACAGAAGGUGGGCGCUGUUACCGGGCUGUGCACAGACACACAGAGGCAGAAUAUACCUGUAAGGUUUAUCCAGCCAAGAGUUACCCAGAGGUGAUGACCCCUUACAGCACCCUUCCCUCGCAUCCCAACGUUGCCUGUGUGGCCGAGGUGAUCGUUGGGGACCAGAACGUCUACAUCUUCUUCCAGCCAGGCCGAGGUGACAUGCACAAUUACGUGCGCCAGCGUAAGCGCCUGCCCGAGAGAGAAGCAGCUGCUCUCUUCCAACAGAUGGCAGAGGCAGUUGCCCACUGUCAUCAGCAUGGCAUUGUCCUCCGGGACCUCAAGCUGAGGAAGUUUGUCUUCGCCGACCGAGAGAGAUCUAGAUUGCUGCUGGAGAAUCUGGAGGAUUCCUGGGUGCUGACGGGUCCCGACGACUCCCUGGAGGACAAGCAUGGCUGCCCAGCCUACGUGGGGCCCGAGAUCCUCAGCUCCAAGAGCUCCUACUCCGGGAAGGCGGCUGAUAUCUGGAGCCUGGGGGUGGUGCUCUACACCCUGCUGGUGGGGUGCUACCCCUUCCAGGACACCAAGCCCGCCUUGCUCUUUGGCAAGAUCCGGCGAGGGCGCUUUGCUGUCCCCGAGGACCUCUCGCCCAAAGCUCGCUGCCUCAUCCGCUGCCUCCUCCGAAAAGACCCGUCUGAGAGGCUGACGGCCAGCGGGGUCCUGCUGCAUCCGUGGCUGGCCACUGCAAGCGUCCCCGAGGGCUCCGGGAGCAGCCCUGCCGGCGAGCAGCAGAGACUGGAGCAGGUGGUGCCAGAAGCAGUGAACUUGAGGGGCGAGGAGGAGGAAGGCCUGUACGGCUGAGUCGGCAACAAGGGCAAGACGGCUGGGGAAGGAGAGAGCUGGCCCCGGCUGGCCUCCUGCAGCGGAAGCCCGUCCUCUCCCGCCCUGGAUCCCGGAGUUGGGACAGGCUCAAGAAGUGCCUUCGAGAGGGACGGGAGUCGCUUUUGCCAGCAAAUUGUGACGCAGACUGUGAAGAAGGUGCGUUUGCAUCCAGAUCAGGGAAAAGAAGGGAGGCAAUGCCCCCCCCCCAGAUGCGCUGCUCUACAGAGCACGCGUUUGCCUGUGCCAAAGAAACCUCCUUGAACUCUGUCUGCAUCACCAGCAAAACCUCCUGCCUUAAGAAAGGGGUGCCUUACACACUGUCCUCCCUCCGCCACUCCUAAAUCAGGGCUCCUGGCUCCAUGCUGCUGACCCACAGUGGCUUUGCAAAAUGCACUGGGGACUCGGGAUUGCUGGGGAAGGGGGCUGGCAUUGCACAGUCUGGGUUAUGCAACACACGGCCUCUCUUCCUAUUGCCAGGGACCGGUCUCGGCUGAAGUGAUGGACUCCCAAUUGGGACUUUUGAGUGAGAGGCUGUAGGCAGCGGCUUGUAUGAACCAGCCUGCAGGAGAUGCAUUCCUUUCCCCUAGUACCCAGCAAAAGGUUGCAAGCAGAGGUGCUCUUACCCCUGGACUUGGGGGCUGAGGUCCAGGGCCUCCACACCCCCUGGGGGCCCCCAAAGCCUCUCUAGUCUGUCCUGGGUGGUGUGGUUUGUGCUCUCAAGAACCAACGUGUUAAAAAAGGAUGCUUAACUUGCAGCGGGGGGGGGGGGGGGGCUCCAAAGACCUUUAGGCCUAGGGGCCAAAAUUACCUAGGUUCACCUCGGUUGCAAGGCGUACUGGGACUGGCAUCUUGUGAUGGAGAACAGAGUGGAAGGAAGGGGCUGGUGUGUGGGGCAGCUUUGUGUGGGUCUCCCCUCCUUUCUAGAAAAUGUGUGGCCUUAGACCUUCUUCCUUACUUGUUGUGUUUGGGGUAUCUGUCUCCUGACCCCCUCCCCACCCCGAUUUUAUUUUAUUUUUAAUCUUAGUGCCUCCAAUUCCCACCCGCCCUGCCUUAAAGGAGACUCCAGGUGACUAGGGAGGGCCGCUGUUGUUGUUUUUUACUUGAAUUUUCCUUGGUACUUGACAUGUUCUGGGGGCUGGGCUGUGGGGCUCCCAACUGAAAGCACCCUCCAUCGUGCCUUCCCCCCCUGCACUCCAUAACUCUGCUCGGUGGGUUGGAGUCCUUGCAUGAAGUCCAGUGACAGAAUUGGAUCCUGCGUUCCCCCCCAGAACUGCCACAAAGCCUGGCCACAUCUCUAACCUCCCUGCCUUCAGUCGGGAUUCUCCCUCCUGCCCCGUGCCGUUCAGUGCCCAUUGGGUCUCCAUUCCUGCCGGUUUGAACCGCGGACCUUGUGAAGAUGUAGCAUUAGAAGCGGGUGGCGGCUGUUCCGUGGCAGAGCCGGGCCGCCAGCACCCUUGAGGCCAAGGGCAGCCGCUUUUCGGUCCAGAGGGGCAGUUGUUGGCUCCACCCAGCUGCUUCAGCCCUUAAUAGCUGCCCUCCAAAGCAAUGUCCCUGUGUGGGUUCCCUGGGUCAGGCUGGCUGUGCUCUGAUGCACUCCCUACUCCUUGGGCUAACCAAAUAGUAGGUUCCUUUUGAGUGCCGCUUCCGGGCAUAAAGACACGAAGCAGUGAACUGGAGAUCCUCAGCUUGGCCCUCCCUGGAUCGCCGCUCUCAAGGUGGUGCAGUCUGGUUGGCUCAAGAGGGAACUGCAGUUGGGAGAGGAGAGGUUGGGCUCUCUGGGAGAUCCCUGUGGGCACCCUCCCCGAACUCCAUUUCCCAGGAUUCUCGGGGAGGGGCGUUGGCAGUUCAAUCAGCAGUGUGGUGGUUCUGCCCUGCGGGCUGCUUUUUGAUGGCCAGGAGAGGGCAUGUGGAGGCCAGUGCAAACAGGCUCCUGGCAGAAAGCCAGCUUUGGCUACGGGCUCUUCGCCCUUUGUGUCAAACCUUCAGGAAUGUGGCUUGAAGAGGAGGAGGAGGAGGAGGAGGAGGAGGGGGUUGAUGCCUUGAUGCAUCCAGCAGGGGACUGUGUGUGCACGCGCAGCCUUUAUAUGCGCAAGGAGUCAACACCGACUCCUUUGCAGCACAGCCUCUCUUUCUGUGCCUUUUCAAACCUGACCAAAUAUUGACACUACCGUGAGAGGCCAUUUCUCUCUCUCUCUCUCUCUUUUUGUACAGAGUGGGUUUGCUUAUUUUUCUGCCUUUGGGACAGUAAAAGAUGUGUUGAUUUGC